AAGUAAGCUGCUGAAGUACAAUCAGUGUUCUAGCCAUGAUGCAAUCAACUCAAUAUUGAAAGCUCUUUUCUGUAAGUGGUGAAACCAAGUGAAAUACCAUACAAACAUUUCAAUCCAUUGAUAACAAGAUCCAAGUCAACACCGUCAUCCGCAAUCCUUAUUUAGCUUUAAUCGCUCUCCUGGUCAUUUAAGUUCCAUUACAUAUCCAAGAGUCUUGUGUGUAAGAAGCGUGGUUUUCAAGACUUAGCCGCCCUCUCUCCGCCCUUCUUCAACCUUUGCAAUGAUUACUCAACGCCGAUCUAACCAUUCAUCGUACGGUAACAGUCCCGGCGGGAUGGCUGCGAAAGCGGCCAACCCCCGGAUGUACGGAGUGGCAGUCAAGAAGGCCAUGAAGGCCAGACCCAGUCCAAAGUCUGGCCUGAAUCAGAAGAAGGUGGCGUUUUUUCAGGGAGGGCGCUUGAAGACCAUUCUGAUUCCCAUCUUGGCCACAGCUUCGCAACUCGAUGCUCAAACCAACACUUGCCAAAGUGCUUUCAACCCGCCAGGAUUUUCGACCACAUCGCAGUUCCUGGAUGCUUCCAAGGUAGACCAUGAUCGCCAAUGGGACUUGAUCUUGAAUCAAGAUCAGCCAAUGGUCACGACGAGUUUUGACAUUGAGAUUCCGAAUAAGAAGGAAGAUGUGAACAAGAUCGUACCUCUGGAAGAAUCUGGACCACGUGGGUCCAUUGAUGCUGGAGCUCCUGGUGGCCGCAACAAUCAAAGUGCAACCAAUGAUCUCAAGCAAAGGAAGACUGAAGUUGAACUCUUUAUCAAUACACUAUUGCACACCUUGCAAUGCAACAAUUGUGACAUGGAUAGCUGCAAGAAGAUGAGCCGCGUCCUUGGUCACUUUGUGAUUUGUCUCAAGAAGAGAACCAGUCUCCUCGGAGGGCAGAACCCUGCCUGCCUCGGCCCAGACGGCCCGCCGGCAAAAGAGCAGUCAUGCACCCUGUGCGCCCAACUGCUCGACAUAGUAACGGAGCACGCCAAGCAGCCUCACCCUCAGGGCGGCGAGGCCAAAUGCUCGGUCCCUAUGUGCGAUGCCUUAAGACGCAUGGGCGACUCCUCGUCUUCUAUGGGCGCCCGACGAGAGAGCGGUGCCGCCCAGGGCGAGCCCGCAAGGAAUGGAAGUGCGCCAUCGGCUUUCAUGCCUGGCGUAGAAGGACUCAUGAGCGGCUAGAAGUGUCCGCCCUCCCGUCAACUUCUGGAACCUCAAUGGUAUCCGGAGUAAAUGCUCUUGAAACAGUUGAGGAGCUCUCUCUAUUGCGUCACUUCUAUGUACUAAGUGUGUGUAUUUCAGAUUUGUGUAUUGUCGAUCACUGACAUGACGGCUCAUUGAGCUCGAACUCCCCACAUCGUAAUCGACAUUGAUUUUUUUGAGUUUUAACCCUAAUUCCUUUGCACUUUGACAAGGGGUGGAGAAUCAAACCAGUGAAUAGCUUUGUAUGUCGCGCUUAAAACAAACUCACCAUCCGACAGUUCAGCACUGAGAACGUUUUAUGACGGCGAAUUUCUCGUUUGCCUGAAGACUCUCCGCGGUUUCUAGCAGUUUCAAAAUGCAGACAUCGAGCUUUGGUGUCGUGGUCUUAUUUGGCCUUUUGGGCCUUGCGGCUUCCGAUCAGUUCCCGCAGCCUUGUGAGCAUCCCAUCUAUUGUCUCGGCGGCGAGAACUCGUUACUUCACACGGUGCAAAUGGCCAGAUUGUACAAUGACAGCAAGACCUUUGUGGACAAGCCCACUCGAUAUGACCAGGGCAUGGUUUUGUUCAAGUUUGAGCAAAUGAUGACGGAUUUCAAUAACAAGCCAUCCAAAAAGGCCAUCGAAGCCUUUGUCGAUGCCAACUUUUCACCAGAGGGAACGGAAUUUGAGGAUUGGGAACCCACUGAUUGGCAUGAAAAUCCUGCUUUCCUGGAAUCCAUUAAGGACAAGAAAUAUAGAGAUUUAGCCAUCGAUAUUCAUGGAAGGUGGAACGAUCUUGGCCGGAAAAUCCGUUCCAACCUAAGAGAAUCCACUCAGACCAGUUUAAUCUACUUGGAGAAGCCAUUUAUCGUCCCUGGAGGGAGAUUUCGGGAAAUGUACUAUUGGGACACCUACUGGACCAUCUUGGGCCUGAUCCAAUCCGAAAUGCCAGAAACCACAAAGGGCAUGCUGGAAAAUUUUGCCCACCUUAUCAAGCUCUUGGGUCACAUUCCUAAUGGGAAUCGAAUCUACUAUAACCGCCGAUCUCAGCCUCCACUAUUCAUUUCCAUGGUGGAUGAAUACCAUAAAGCAACUGGGGAUGAUACCUUCGUGGAGUCUUUGUUGGAUUCCAUGGAUCGAGAGUUCCAAUUCUGGCUGGCAAAUCGAACGGAAUUCGUCACACUGAAUAACAAGGAAUACCGAGUCGCUGUUUACAAUGUGGAAGUGGAUGGACCACGACCAGAGUCAUACAGAGAAGAUUACAACGAUGCCCAGCAACAUUUUGGCAAUUCGGACGAUCAAUUGGAGUUCUACAUGAACAUGAAAUCCGGAGCUGAGAGUGGUUGGGAUUACUCGACCCGAUGGUUUGUGAGGGAAAAUGGCGAAGACAGUCAAGAGCUGUCUGAUAUCGCAACCCGUCACAUUGUUCCCGUGGAUCUCAAUUCUUACUUAUGUAGAGGUAGCAGUGUGAUGGCCAGGCUUUAUAAACGAUUCGGUAAUGACCUGAAAGCCAACGAAUACCAAGGGUACUUCCAAUCCUUCGAAGAAGCUCUUGAAAACGUGAUGUGGAAUGAAGAGAAGGGUUCAUGGUUUGAUUUUGACCUCCUAAACAAAAGACAACGCCCGUACUUCUAUCCUAGCAACGCGGGUCCUUUGUGGGCAAAUUGUUAUCCAAAAAUCAGACAAUCUGAUAAGGUGCAGAAAUUCCUUGGAUAUUUGAAAAGUAGUGGCGCCCUCAACUAUCCAGGAGGUGUUCCCACAUCAUUAGUCCGCUCAGGCCAACAAUGGGAUUUUAGCAAUGCUUGGCCGCCAAUGCAGGAAUUCAUUGUCACUGCAUUGGAAAAUACUGGUGAUCACGAGGCAACAGAAAUUGCCGGAAAUUUGGUGAAACGUUGGGUCAAAAACAUUUUCGUCUCAUACGAACAAAGCAGCAAUGAUAUGUUUGAAAAAUACGAUGUGGAGCAGAUUGGCUUGCCCGGUGGAGGUGGUGAAUAUGAUGUUCAAGAAGGAUUCGGUUGGACAAAUGGAGUGCUCCUAGAUUUUCUAAGUAAAUAUGGUGACAAGUUAUCAUCUGAUGAUGAAAUCUAUGUCAACUCGAGUGGAUUGCUUGAAUGGAACUUGUUCCAAAUAGUUCUUCCUUUGCUAGUUACCGCUUCCAAGAUCUUCCGUAGCUAAAAUGGGAAAGCAAGAUGUUAUUCCGUAAACGCAUACUUUAGGGUCUUAGCAGUCCAUCCAGAUUGGCACACAUCCCGUAGAAAUAUUGUAUCAAUUGCAAAAUCAAACUUCCAAUGGAAACAAGGCUUAUUCAACCGUUGAACAUUUAAUGGAUCACGAAAUUGCUAUCACCGAGGAUUGACAAAGGAUAGAGAAACGUACUUUAUAUUUUGUAGUCUAUUUUGCUUAAACGCUUGUCCGCUCAAUGUGCCAUAACGCCCGUCACUCAAUCCUUGGUUGUGACUUGAAAGUGAAUAAAUUACAGUUUUCUUUA